UUCGCUCUUUCAUUAUCAAAGUCCACUCGCGCCACCAUUCAAACUCAGUUCCAUCCAUCACAUACAAAAUCUACUGUUCUCUGUUUUUUUUUUUUUUCGUUUCAUUCUGCCUUCGGUCCCAACAACUUGCGGAUAAUGUUUACCUAUUUCAUUCUACAUCUUAUGAUGUGAUCAUCAAAUAACCAACAAAGCAGUGAUUUGUUUAAAACUGAUGAAGGGCACAUACGUUUCACUUCUCAAAAGCUGCAAAUCCAUGUUCCAAUUGAAGCAAAUUCAGGCCCACAUAUUCAGUGUUGGCCUUCAACAAGAUAGAGACACCCUUAACAAGCUCAUGGCCUUUUCCAUGGACUCAUCACUAGGGGAUUUUAACCAUGCAAACAGAAUCUUCAAAUACAUUCAUACCCCCUCUUUGUUUAUCUAUAACCUCAUGAUCAAGGCCUUUGUGAAAAGGGGUAGUUUUAGGAGUGCCCUUUCUCUGUUUCAGCAACUUAGGGAACAUGGUGUGUGGCCUGAUAACUACACCUACCCUUAUGUCUUGAAGGGUAUUGGUUGCAUUGGGGAGGUUGGGGAAGGAAAAAAGGUUCAUGCUUUUGUGGUUAAGACUGGCCUUGAGUUUGACGCUUAUGUGGGUAACUCGUUGAUGGACAUGUAUGCAGAGUUGGGCCUGGUUGACGGCUUCACGCAGGUGUUUGAGGAAAUGCCUGAGAGGGAUACGGUUUCUUGGAACAUCAUGAUUUCGGGUUAUGUCAGGUGCAAGAAGUUCCAGGAGGCAGUGGAUGUUUACCGGCGAAUGCGAAAGGAGAGCAAUGAAAAGCCUAAUGAAGCCACGGUUGUGAGCAGUCUGUCCGCGUGUACGGUGUUGAGAAAUUUGGAGCUUGGUAAGGAAAUUCACUAUUACAUUGUGAAUGAACUGGAUUUUACUACUGUAAUGGGGAAUGCUUUGUUAGACAUGUAUUGUAAGUGUGGGCAUGUGAGCGUGGCCCAGCAGAUUUUCGAUGCAAUGACCGUUAAGAAUGUGAAUUGUUGGACCAGCAUGGUAAACGGGUAUGUGACCUGUGGUUUGUUGGAUCGAGCUCGAGAUUAUUUUGAGAGGAGUCCAAGUAGGGAUAUUGUUCUUUGGACAGCUAUGAUUAAUGGGUAUGUGCAGUUUAAUCGUUUUGAAGAGGCAAUUGCAUUGUUUGGGGAGAUGCAGAUGAGAGGUGUGAAACCGGAUAACUUCAUUGUGGUUACUCUUCUUACGGGUUGUGCUGAAUCGGGAGCUCUAGAGCAAGGCAAGUGGAUUCAUAAUUACAUAGAUGAAAACAGAAUCCUAGUGGAUGUUGUGGUUGGUACUGCCCUUAUUGAAAUGUAUGCUAAAUGCGGUUGCAUAGAUGUAGCUUUGGAGAUUUUUUAUGGAUUGAAGGAAAAGGACACUGCCUCAUGGACUGCAAUUAUAUGUGGGCUGGCCAUGAAUGGUAAAACAAGUAAAGCACUUGAGUUAUUUGAAGCAAUGCAAGUGUGUGGGUUUAAACCUGAUAAUGUUACCUUCAUUGCUGUUUUAAGUGCUUGUACACAUGCAGGAUUGGUUGAAGAAGGCAGAAAGUUAUUUCAUUCCAUGUCAAGUGUGUAUCACAUUGAGCCAAAUUUAGAGCACUAUGGGUGUUUCAUUGACCUUCUUGGUCGAGCCGGACUGUUACAAGAGGCAGAAGAGUUGGUAAGGAUGUUACCAGAUGAAAACAAUGAAAUAAUAGUUCCACUCUAUGGAGCUUUGCUAAGUGCCUGCAGAACUUAUAGUAACAUUGAUAUGGGUGAAAGGCUUGCUACAGCACUGGCGAAAGUUAAAUCAAGCGAUUCAACUCCUCACACACUUCUUGCUAGCAUUUAUGCCUCUGCUGACAGAUGGGAAGAUGUGAGAAAGGUGAGAAGUAAGAUGAAAGAUAUGGGAAUCAAAAAGGUACCAGGAUAUAGUGCCAUUGAGGUGGAUGGAAUGUGGCAACAGAGGUUGAGUCAUGAGUGAGGCCCUUUCCCAUAUCUGGACCAAAAUUGGUCUUGCGAA